UCCUGUUUGUAGGACAGACACCGGAAGAAGAAGCAGAGAGGAGGUUCCUCUCGUAUCAACGAUGUCUGACAGCUACAUCUUCUGUAAUACUACAACUUAACUCUGCCAUUCUGAGUGUAUUUAAACGUUUUAUUUACUUCUAGAUUUUUAACAGAUUGUUCUUUGUAAGUAGCUAUCAGCAGCAACAAACCAAAAGCAAAAUGAACGGAGCAGCAUUCCCUUCCCCCACGGCAGAGAUGGCGGAGAUGAACCGUAUCCAGUAUGAACUGGAGUACACCGAGGGGAUCAGCCAGAGGAUGCGUAUCCCUGAGAUGCUCAAAGUGGCUCCUCAAAGUCACGAGGACCUUAAUUUUGGAUCUCAGGAGGUUCCCCACAGUGUCAUAAUGCAAGUCCCAGAGAGAAUUGUGAUUGCAGGAGACAGUAAUGACCCCCAGUUCCCCAGACCCAGAGACCUGGACCUAAUCCAGUCAACCCCACUAGACACCCUAUCACUGAAGACUCCACCCAGAGUCCUCACCCUCAGUGAUCGACCCCUGGACUUCCUGGAAGAGGAGGAGCAGCAGCAGCGGGCAGCUCCAGACAGUGAGGAAGUGUUGCGGCCUCAAGCACGAGUACGGCGGGAGCGUUCAGCCAGUGAGAAUGCAGCUGCCCGUCAUAACAGUCAGCUGAUGCGCAACGAUUCUGGUGCGACCCCGCCCCCCCCAGCCACUGUCCACCCUUGCCCCCCUCUCACCGUGACUGGAGAAGAACACAACCUGUACAGCGCUAGUGGUGUUCUGUCUUUCAUCCAGUCCACUACACGUCGGGCCUACCAGCAGGUCCUGGAGGUCUUGGACGAGAAUCCUCGCAGCAAACCAUCACUGCGAGGGGGGUCGGCCUCAAGCUCCAACCCCCUGCAUGACUCCAGGUUUGCAUUAUCAACAUAUGAAGCCACUCUGGAUUCAGGGCCUGAUGACAUGACUGUGGUUGAUGCAACAACGCUUCGACGUCAGCUCAUCAAGUUGAACCGGAGACUCCAACAUUUGGAAGAGGAGAACAAGGAGCGAGCAAAGCGAGAGAUGAUCCUGUACUCCGUCACCGUAGCUUUCUGGCUCGUCAACACGUGGGUGUGGUUGCGACGUUAGAGCCGGCCUUUGUUUCUGCCAUCCCUUAUUCUAUGUGUCAAAUGUUAGCCUCUCGCUGCACUCAGUCCCUGUGUGAGGAACGCCUUGCUACAUGUGUACAAGGUCUGCUGUCCACAGGGCUUCUAUUUUGAUUUGGUUUAUUUAAUACAUGUACAGUUUUAUUUUUUUACUCUUCUUUCACCCUGUCUCAUGUUUGGUUUUUAUUUCAAAUCUUUUUGCUCGAUGCUAAGCAUGACUUGUUGUAAAUAUUUGUCCAUGUCAUCCAGAGAUACAGUGAAGCAUAGUUUACCAAAAUGGAGCUGGAAAUGUGGAGAAUGUAACAUGUUGAAUAUUUAUUAGGGGGAGAGUAAUAUGUGACUUGACCUGGGAAAUGUAAAUCACUUUAGUAAAAUCAUACAUACGA